AUGGCAUCUCCUCCUCCGCCGGUCGGUGUACAGGAAGCAGCAAGAUGCUCGACACAGGCAUGGCAGGACGCGCUAACAAGUCUCUUUGCCCACUCGAAGGACCGCUUCCCCGAUGUCGUAUGGGAACUGCAGUCCGAUGGCGACCACCAGUCUGAUGAACCAGAGCUCGUCUGGGGUCACAAAGCAAUCGUAUAUGCGAGAGCUCCCCCAUCGUUCCAGGCCCGUUACUUCCAGUUCCGCCCUGCCCCAGCAGCGUCGCCAUCCCCAUACUCUCCCUCUGCCACCCCAGCCCCAGCGCAGUCGUCUCUCUCCCUUUCCCUCACCCUCGAUUUGCCCCGCAACUCCCGAUCCCCCUCCCCCUUUGGCCUAGCCCCGUCCCCUGCUCCCUCCACACUCAACGGCGGCAACCUCCGCAUACCCUUGGCCGUCAACUCCGUCCUCUUCUCCAACGAGCUCGAGUAUCUCUACACAGGAAAGGGUCUCGGAGAGGCUUUCGAGUUUCUCUUCGACACCUCCGACAGCCGCGAACUCGUCGAUGCAGAAGAUGCAGAGGAGAACAGGCUGGACAAGCUCAGGAAGGAUCUCGUCUUCAUGUGGAGGUCUCGUCUCUAUUCCGAUGUUCGUAUCCAGCUCUCCGGCACAUUCAGCUCCAGCAACCAUGAACCCGCAACCGCCAUCUUUUCCUCCCACAAAUUCAUCCUCAUGUCCCGCUCCCCAUACUUUUACACCCAGUUUAUCUCGUGGGGAACACCCACAAACCUCGGCGAGUUGGCCACCGUCACACUCCCUUCUCCUCCCUUUACCCCUGCCUCCCUCCACUUCACUCUUGGAUACAUCUACACCGGCACUCUCGUCUUUUCUCAUCGGACUUACGAUCUAGACACCGCCUUUGCCAUCAUGAAGUCCGCGACCUAUCUCCAGCUCGAUUGUCUCUAUGAUGAAGUACAGUCACGCAUCGUACAAGAGAUGCUUCAUGGUCUUUUUCAUGCCUUCCUUGAAUUUACCGAAUACGAACGCAUCACGGGCGGCAAGUGGGGAACUGGUGGUUGUCGUUGCCGCCAAUGCGCCCGUCGCAUCCCUCGUGUACUCGAGUUCGCCAUCGCCGAAGACGUCAAAAAUAGUCAUCUCGAGCGUGGUGCUCGUCGUGCCCUCGUCGGCAUCUUUGGUGAGGGCUGGUGUACCUCCGAGUUUGCCACCCUCCCUCAGAAAACCCGCGAUAACGUCCUCAAGGGCCUGGCCAAGCGAACUACCCCCCUCAACGUUUUCCCCCUACUCUUCUCCGCCAAUCACGCCCUUCGCAAACUCGAUGCUGUCAUCGACGCCUGGGCAGACAUCUCCCGGGAUAUGGUUAAUUCUGCCCGCAAAGCAAUCGACGAUUGUCUCGUAUCUCAUGUCGAAGAGUGUUUCGAGCAACCCGACUGGCUCGAGAUCAUGGACGCCGACGGUGUUCAUUUCGAGGAUGGCGAACGUGUGGGGUGGGUCAUGGAUGCAUUAAAGCGAGGUCUAAACGAGAAAUACGCUGGUAUGGUUUAUCAGACUCUCAUAUCUUCAAUUCUCCUACGAACGCAAGAGGGAGAUGUUGACAGCCCAAUGCUGUCCAAGACGUCGCAAGUCCGUGUUCAGGUGGACGAAACCAGAGCCGACGUCCUUCGAUGGAUGCGCAAGCGUUGGAUGGGGAUUCGCCAGGAGGGCGGCUUUGAUGGUCUUGAGACGUGGACGCUGAGCGAGAUAAGUCAUGAUAUUGAUAUCCCUGUCGAAGAUAUGCAAAACCCGAACGCUACCGGUCGACCCGUCAAGAAUGGCCGGCCGUCCCUCGUCAAGACCGAUGACCAGUCUGACACUGUCAGUAUGCAUUCACUGCGUGCUAGCGUGCUCAACCGCUCGACUGGCCCAAAGCGCGACGUCGCUUCCUCCUCCGCCUCUGUUCGGUCAGCCCGCAGUGCCGUGUCUCGGAGGCCCCAUGCCCCUGCAACUCCCCGUGCUCACGGCAACGACGGUCGUCCAGAUUCGAAACUGACGCCCGACCGUGUCUCUCUCGUUUCCGUCGGCUCCACUGCAUCAACCUUGACCGAAAAGCGAGUUUCCAAGAAAACCCCUUCAUCGCGGGCUACAGAUACCAACGGAACAACACCCCGGACGACGCCUAGCCGCAUGUCGACAGCUAGCACCAGUACUCGGACCAAGUCCCUCACCCCAUCCCUGCACUCGCGACCCUCCAAUGUGUCAACUCGCAGCGGCGCUGCCUCCGAUGCUAACGGCAGCGCACUUCCCUCGCUCCGUAUACCUUCUAACCCGAGACCUGCUUCGGCCUUGUCCUCUGCUACUAGCGAGUCGUCUACUUUCAGAACUGCACCCUCCCCCUCUUCCAACCUUCAAACGCCUACAACUAGCGCUGCAAGGGCACGACGGCAAUCAACUGCCUCCUCGGUCUCGACCGCCAGUGCCAGAACAGUGGGCACGGCUGGCAAGAGCCCGAUGAGGACCCGCAUCUCCUCUACCUACUCCACGGCCUCUACCGCUACAACCUCGUCAGCGGUCACCAGUAAAUCAUCUGUUUCAAGGCUCUCCACCAAGGAACCGAUUAAACCAAACCCCAAUGCCACCAUCAAGGCUUCACCAAAUCGUGCCUCCACUGCGGCCAGGACACCUGCUUCAAAGGUCGUCAUCAAGAAACAGCGCUCGCCUCCCGUCCCUACUACCGACAGUAUUUUUGGAGAGAAGGGCAAGGCAAAGGAGACCGCACGCGACGAUGGACCAGCCGCUGAUACAGAGACCCCCGAUCAGAUUGCUGCUCACAGCCGGACGUCCACCGAGACGAUCACAGCAAGUACACCCCGGACCCCCAUGGACCAGACAGCUUCGUUGUCAGAGGAGGCGGUGUCUAACCUCCCUCGUGGUGCAUGUCUAGACAUUGGCAUACCAUGUAUAAUCUCCUCCAAGCGAAAGCGCUUCCGUGCCUUUGCUCGUUAUAUCGGCGAGGUCGAAGGAGAAGUGGGUCCGUGGGUUGGCGUCGAGGUCCCAAUCGGCGACGGUUGGGCAGGUGAUCCAACUGAUGGGCGGCAGUGGAACGACGGAACGUGGGGUGGCGUCCGAUACUUUGACAUUGGCAACGCCGGUUCUGAAUGGGAAUUUGGGGAUGACCAUCGUGCGCCUCGACGGAGGCGUGUUGACUGGAUUAAUGGCUCGUCAGCCGUGGAUCUCAAGGGCUCCAUUAACCUCAAACGUGACGCCAAUCAUCUUACCGUCGGUACUAUGAGAUCAAAACGCUUGAGAAGUGCCUCCCCUGCUCCCUCCGACCUAUCCAACCAAGAAUCUCGUGGACUCUUUGUACGGCCGCAGCAGGUCUUGUAUGUCGUUGACGCUGUCGGCGAAGACUUGUGAUUGCUUAUUGGCUGCGUUCGUUUCGUUCUGUUUUGUCGCUCUGAUUAUGCUCAAGUAUACCAAAGUCGCUCCUUUUUUCAUUAGUAGUAUUCGUAAUGCCUUUUUCUAUUGGGAUACCACGUACCUUAUACCAAACGGUGGUCACAUUCGUUUCAUUUUCCAUGU